AUGGGAAGACACAAGGGCACAAUCCCUCAGGAGCUCAGCGCGAAAACACCCGUCUCCACUAACAUCGAAAUUUUUAAGCCAAAAAAGAGAAUCACACGCGAUCCAAGAUUCGUGUUGGACGAUAACGAGAAACCUCCUUCAAUGCUCAAAUUUGCAGAAGAGUAUAAAUUCCUCGUCGAAAAACAAGAAAUGGAGAUCGACGAGCUUAAAACUAAAAUUAAACAGUGUCAAGACCCCGAAGAGCUAGAGGAAUUGAAAAGGAAAAAACAAACGAUCAGCCAACGACUGACAAUGAUUAAAAAAAAGAGUAAUGAAGAGAAAGCAAAAUUGCAACACUUGCAAGAAAACUCGGACAGAGUAAUGAGUGGGAAGAACCCUAAAUUCGUUUCAAGAAAGGAUUUGAAGGGAGAAAUCGAUGAAAUGACGUAUGGAAGUAAGUUGAAAAACGUCAUCGAGAAACGUAGAAAACGGGAAGAUGGCAAGUUGUUGAAGAGACAGCCUCGUUUACGAGACAAUUUUGAUUGA